CCGGCUACGUCAUUUCCUACGAUUUCGUAGAAAUAAUUUGAAGCCACUUUUGACGUGGAAGGCUUCAGUUCGAAUGUGGCUCCUAUCGGCGUGAUCUCAAACUAAGAUAGCUACAUGAAUAACGCUGUUUAUAUGGUGUGAUGCUGCUUUCGUUUGCUGGCUGUAAUUAAGUAAACGUAGCAAUCACGUAUUCAAGACACAAGAGUUAAUCCGCUAGCUAGCAAACGUAGCUAGAUUUCCCUAAAGCUAGCUAGCACAACAACACAGGCGUCCGACCCUAGUAAAAACGCUUGCUAAAACUUGUGCUGUAGUCGUUCGCUAGCUAAAGCUCUGAUGGAGUGUCCUCAUUUGAACUCUAGUGUGUGCACUUCCAUAGAUUAUUCGGGCUUUCCCAAUGGUUCCCCAUCCUCCUGGUGUUGCAGCGUGUUUGCUCUACCGCUUCGUUGAUGAAGAAGUUUGCAGGUCAAACAAAAGUCCUUGGGUAUGUCUCACCUGUCUAAGUGUUCAUUGUGGAAGAUAUGUGAAUGGUCAUGCUAAGAAGCACUAUGAGGACAGCCAGAGUCCGGCAGCUGGAGGUCAGAAGAGAUGUGACAAGCAGCAGUCUCAACACCUGGUCUGUAUGGACUGCAUUAGUUACAGCACCUUCUGUUACCGAUGUGACGACUUCGUAGUGAACGACACCAGGCUGGGUCAGGUGCAGAAGGUGAGAGAACAUCUACAAAGUCUGGAAAAUGCACCACUGACUGCUGACAGAACCCUGAAGAGGAAACUCCUGGAGAGCAGCUCUCCAAACAGCAAACUGCUGAAAGACAAUGGCGGGGCCUCCACUCUCUGUGCCACAGGGCUGCGUAACCUUGGCAACACCUGCUUCAUGAACGCCAUCCUGCAGUCCCUCAGUAACAUCCAGCUAUUCAGCUGUUAUUUCAAGGAGCUGCCAGCGGUGGCACUGAGGAGCGGGAAGACUGCAGGACGGAGGAUGUACCACACCCGCAGCCAGGGAGACACCAGUGUGUCUCUGGUGGAGGAGUUCAGGAAGACCCUGUGUUCUCUGUGGCAGGGAAACCCUACUGCCUUCAGCCCAGACUCCUUAUUCUAUGUCGUUUGGAAGAUCAUGCCCAGCUUCAGAGGGUACCAGCAGCAGGAUGCUCAUGAGUUCAUGCGUUACCUGUUGGAUCAUCUCCAUAGAGAGCUGCAGGGAAACCGGAAUGGAGCCAAAACCCCUGCUGCCCCCCAGCGUGAGGAUGGGGUUCAACCCCCAGCUGACCCCGCGGCCCCCCACAACCACGUCAAACUGGCCCCACCUGCAGGCAAACGCUGCAUAAACGGGAGUUCCACUGUGGUCACGUCUAUAUUCGGCGGCGUUCUGCAGAAUGAAGUCAACUGCCUCGUCUGUGGGACCGAGUCUCGAAAAUAUGACCCCUUCCUUGAUCUGUCUCUGGACAUUCCCAGCCAGUUCAGACACAAGAGAACCAAGGACCAGGAGCCUGGACCCACCUGCACAUUACUGGAUUGCCUGCGGAGCUUCACUGAUCUGGAGGAGCUAGAUGAAACAGAGUUCUACAUGUGUCAUAAAUGUAAGAAGAAACAGAAGUCCACAAAGAAGUUCUGGGUCCAGAAGCUGCCUAAGGUGUUGUGUCUUCACCUGAAGAGGUUCCACUGGACGUCCUAUCUGAGGAAUAAAGUAGACACUUACGUAGAGUUCCCUCUCCGAGACCUGGACAUGAGGGGCUACUUACUGGAGCCGGAGAACAGCCUGCGGGGGGGCUGUCUGUAUGACCUGGCUGCGGUCGUCGUCCACCACGGAUCUGGGGUUGGGUCGGGCCACUACACCGCGUACGGCAGGCAGGAAGGACGCUGGUACCAUUUCAAUGACAGCACUGUGACGCCCACCGAAGAGGAGACCGUUGUCAAAGCCAAGGCCUACAUUCUCUUCUACACAGAGAGAAAUGACACAGCCUCAUCUGAGAUGGACACCAAGCUUUAACCGGACCUACAGCAUGCUGUGACAGACUGUUCCCAAUUCUAAACUAGUCUUCCAUCUCUGUCCUCAUCCAGUCUGUCAUUCUUCAGUCCGUUUCCAACCCCAGACUAGUCUUCUAUCUCUGUCCUCAUCCAUCACACCGUUUCCAACCCCAGACUAGUCUUCUAUCUCUGUCCUCAUCCGUCACACCAUUUCCAACCCCAGACCAGUCUUCCAUCUCUGUCCUCAUCCUGACUGUCAUCCCUUCAGCAUGUCUCUAAAGCAGCUCUACUUAGUAUGACUGAACUUUUAAUAAGUGCAUGACUGAAAUAUUUCUUUAUCAGACAUUGAUCUUAUUAGUGUCUGGAAAACUAAAUGGCUGCUUGAUUUUUGAUUAGUGUUUAGUUUGACUGUGUGAGGGGAGUUAGUCCCAGUGGAAGUCUAUGUUCUAUGUAGAAGUGUAUUAGUGCUCUAGGGCAGUGUGCUGUUUGAGAGACAAGCCAAUAGUUUGCCUUGUUAGUCUUUUUUCUUCAUUCCUCCUGGUCAGUAGUGUUGACAUUCCUCUGUCUGUCCUGGUCAGUAGUGUUGACAUUCCUCUGUCUGUCCUGGUCAGUAGUGUUGACAUUCCUGUCUGUCCUGGUCAGUAGUGUUGACAUUCCUGUCUGUCCUGGUCAGUAGUGUUGACAUUCCUCUGUCUGUCCUGGUCAGUAGUGUUGACAUUCCUCUGUCUGUCCUGGUCAGUAGUGUUGACAUUCCUCUGUCUGUCCUGGUCAGUAGUGUUGACAUUCCUCUGUCUGUUCUGGUCCGUAGUGUUGACAUUCCUGUCUGUCCUGGUCCGUAGUGUUGACAUUCCUGUCUGUCCUGGUCCGUAGCCUUAACAUUCUGGUAACUUUCAGCACUUUCGACACUGUAAUAGAUUCCAAAGGUGAUCAUUAUUAAAUGAUGAAGAAAUAAUUACCACUCUACAUGAAGUGUCUCUGUACUUUAAAAUCAGAAGUAUAAAGCUUUGUCCUUGGUGAACCUCAGGAAUUUGAUGAUGAGGCCAGAGAGGGAGUCACUUCACACUGUUUAUUUUAGGAUUAAAUAAUUGUGGGUUUUGAAUAUAAAAAGUUUAUUCCUAGUUCACUCUUGGCUUUCAGGCUAAGCAAGCUUGUAUGACUUAUGUUCAAAAGAAUGAGAGUUUUACCAUUACAUUUUCACAAAUGUUUUGAUUUGAAAAUAAUUGCUUAUAAUGAACUGCUGUAACUUCUUGACGAAUGUGAGAUUUGGAUCUACAUCCCGAAAGAUUAUGUUGAUGUUCUUCCUCUGGUUUGUUUUAAGGUUCAGAUGAGAGAGCACCACAUUUGAUUACAUAGGAUGUGUGGAUUCUAGGUUCUGUAUGAGAAUCAUGGAAAUGACAAUCAUGUCAGUGGAUCAGUGUUCUCUGUUUACUAUCAUGUUUAUCUUCCUGAUGGACAAUGCCCUCCACAAUGGUUUGUCCCAUUCGUAACGAGCAAAAAGGGCAAUGACAAUGGUUUAUCAGCUUAAUCUCACACCUAAAAUAUGAGAAAUAUUAGCCUUUAAGUAAAAUUGGUAUAAGAAAAAGCAAAUUCUUAAUAAAAAAUAUUUUUUCAAUUGUAA